AUGCAACUUUCACAUAAUGCGGCCGAUCUCAAUUUAGCUCUGAAUGUCACUUCGCUAUUUGAUCAACAUCAAGAUAUGACCGAUCGACAAGCUGAUCUCGCCGAAAUAUCGUCGAAAUUUGAUGAAAUUGCCUUGGCGAUGGUCAAACAGCAACAAGAAUUACUUAAUCAGAAAAAGGACAUGAAAAAUGAAUUCAAAAGGCGAUUUGAUUCAUUUAGGUUUCAUCUACAGCAAGAUGUGCUUAAGGCUGAGAACCCUGUUGAAGCAAAAAAAAUAGAAGAAGAGUCAAAGCUCUUUCUUCACAUUCCAGGUCAUGACCUUGAGAGUGAAGAACUAAUUGGGCAAGGAGGAUUUGCUGAUGUCUAUCGGGGAACUUGGCUCAGUCAGCGCCAUCGCGUGGCCAUCAAAACAAUUCGUAUUACAUAUUUGACGGACAGUGUGAAGCAAAACUUCCUGGAUGAAGUUGCUGCCAUGUACAAGAUUCGUUAUGAUCAUGUGCUCGGUAUCUUUGGUGCAUGUAUCGAACCAAAUUAUUAUGCGCUCGUUGUUGAAUAUAUGUCGCUUGGAUCAUUAUUUGACGUGUUGCAAAAGAAAGAGCGUAGUCUAUCUUGGACCGACCGUUGGUCAAUUGCACUUCAGAUGACGAAAGGUGUUAAUUAUUUACAUGCGAUGUCGAUUCUCCAUCGUGACAUAAAAUCGCUCAAUUUUCUUAUGGAAAACGCAGCUGAUGGCUAUCUUGUCAAGAUCAGUGAUUUUGGUUUGGCCAAAAUUCGACAGGAAACAAGUCGACAGACGACUGAGAGCGAUGGGCGGCGAGUAGCAGGAGGCACCCUUCAAUGGAAAGCACCUGAACUGCUGAAAUUCGGCAAACCAUCGAAAGCAAGUGAUAUCUAUAGCUUGGGUGUCGCAUUUUGGGAAUUAGCUACUGGAUGUGUACCUUACGAAGAUAUGGACGAAGCAACCAUUAGCCAAGGUGUUAAAGCUGGAGAACGGCUUGAAAUUCCUAAUGAUGUUCCGCCUACUUUUGCAUCCAUCAUCUCAAAUGCAUGGAGUCAAGAGCCGAGCAAACGACCGACUUCUCAACAGUUCAUCGAGCAGAUUAUGACUAUUUCACCUUCUACAACGAAGACGACGAUGAUGUGA